AUGAAUUACCUAGAAGACUCAUUCCAGAGCAUAGCUCUAGACUUGGGCGAUUGCAUUGGAACGGAGAGUUGUGUUGAUCUAAGAAGUGACAUUGAUCAAGAAUUUUGCAUGGUCCAAAAGACCCGUGGCAGGAGGGGGAAUCAACGGCUGGAAAGAACGGAGAAAGAGUAUCCGCCGCCGAUACCGUGGCUGGCACGCACCGAAAACUUGCCAUCCCACAUGCCCUGGAUUAUGAAACGGUAUUACACUGACGACGGCAGGUUAAUAAUCAAGGAGGAGAAAGUUAAACGGCAUGAAUAUUUCCAAGCGAAUCGGUCCAAUGGCCGUCUAACUCUUCAUCUUGUCCCUUUGGACGACGACGUAUUGGACGAUGAUUGCAAUGAGGAAGAGUUUGAGGUUGCAUGUGAUUGGGAGACUGAUGGGAUGAUCAGCAGUAGGGAUGAUUUUGAUGGUGAGACGGAUGACCAUCGGACGAUUGUGCAGGAAGAAUCAAGAAACAAGAAAUCUGAGUCUUGCAUGGAUAAUGGAGGGGGUGCUAUAGUAGGUGGUGACCGUGGCGGCGGAGGAGGAGGCGGCGGUGGAGGCGGUAGAGGGCAAUGUUAUAUGUAUAGUAGUAGUUUGGGUAGGAAUCCUUGUAUGUUAGGUGCAGGUGGGUUGGCGGUAGCAGCGGUUAGGCCUGUUCAUACUUGA